GACGUUAAAAAAUCCUUUUUCUUAGUCAAACUAGACUGUUAUUAUUUUCGUUUUCACCAGCGACAUGUAAAAUUUCCUCUGUGACGCCGCGGUUGUUGGUGUUCAUGUUGUUAGCCAACGCGGAAGAUGUCAAACAAGACUCGUCAUUUGUCAACACGUUUUUCAGUAGAUCUCUAGAUGAAGACCACGCUGCAAUAAUUCGGAGCCGGCCUUGAGCCAUAUAUCUUCUUUGCAACCAUUUUCUCAAGAAAUCCCAUCUCUCACUUUCUCGAGAAAAUACAUUUUUGUUGAAAUUCUUUUGCUGUUUUGUCUUAAAGCCCCUUUCUCUUCCCCUUCAAAAAUGAAGAUGAGGUAUCAUCAUCUUUUAGUGUCGGUGGUUAUAGUUAUUUCGCUUUCACCGGCUCCAAUUUCAGCUCAUUUCUUACCAAACAUAUCGUCAAUCCCCUCAUGGUUACUCCCGAACGCCACCAAAAAAGCCCCAUGGGAUGUGUUCAAGAACUUCACCGGCUGUCGUCCCGGUGACAAGAUCAACGGCUUAAACAAGAUCAAGCAGUACUUUCACUACUUCGGUUACAUUCCAGAGUUGCCCCCAAACAUCACUGACGAUUUUGAUGAUUCUCUGGAAUCGGCCAUUAAGACCUACCAGAGAAACUUCAAUCUUGAAACCACCGGUCAACUCGAUAGUCAAACUGUUCAACAAAUCCUACGGCCCAGAUGUGGCAAUCCCGACGUGGUCAACGGCUCAACGACUAUGAACUCUGGCAAACCAGUGUCGUAUAACACCAGUCACCUCCACACAGUUGGCCAUUAUAGUUACUUUCCCGGCAGGCCUCUUUGGCCGUCAAACCGGCGAGAUUUGACAUACGCGUUUCUACCACAGAACCAAUUGACUGAUGAAGCGAAGCAAAUUUUCGCAAACGCCUUUGAGAAGUGGUCACAAGUGAUCCCGAUGACAUUCACUCAAAGCGAUGAUUACACAGGCGCCGAUAUCAGGAUCGGGUUCUUCUCCGGUGAUCACGGCGACGGAGAGCCGUUUGACGGAGUUCUGGGAACGUUGGCACACGCCUUCUCCCCGCCUAGUGGACGGUUCCACUUGGACGAAGACGAAAACUGGGUGAUCUCCGGCGAUGUAACGAAAGCCACAGUGAGUUCAGCGGUUGAUCUAGAAUCAGUUGCCGUACAUGAAAUCGGACACCUCUUAGGACUGGGACAUUCGUCGGAUAAAAAUGCAAUAAUGUACCCAACGAUAUCUUCAGGAACCAGAAAAGUCGAAUUGGCGAGUGAUGAUGUGGUGGGAAUCCAGUCCUUAUAUGGAAGUAAUCCCAAUUACAACGGCUCAGCUGCGACGUCAGUUCAGCAGGGGGAAACCGGUGAGAGUAGUGGGGCCUACAGUGUGGGGACCUGGUGGGGCCUCACUGCAUUAUUGGCGGGUGGGGUUUUAGAUAUUAUUUUUUAUUGAUUUUAAAUUGGUUUGAUGGUUUCGUUCAGUGUGUGAAGUUGAUUGCCUGAGCCUGAGGCUUUUGUUUUGUUUUGUUUUGUUUUGUUUUGGAAGCGAGUCUCUGACUGGGGCCGGCAAUAAGCUUCGCGUAGGGUGACACACAUUAUUCAUGAAUUAUUAUUAUUAUUAUUUAAUGUA